GAUCUGCGACAAAAUAACAGGUAAGUGCUGGCGAAGUGGAUGUCCAAUAGGUUACAUGGGGAUAGCCUGUGACAAAACAUGCUUGGGAUUAGGUCUCUACGGCUAUAACUGUCAAAGUACCUGCGGAAACUGCAAAGAGGGAAUAUCCAGCUGUGACCACGUGACAGGAGAGUGCCUAGGGGGUUGUCAGGUCGGCUGGACCGGCACCCUAUGCAAUCAAACCUGCGAGUUCGGUGUGAGCUAUGGUAUCAACUGCAGCCAGACGUGCGGUGGAUGCGCCAACAAGAACUGCUCCAUUGAGGACGGCCUGUGUUUGCAUGGAUGUGAGUUCGGCUUCCAGGGCCCGAGGUGCACGCCGUGCAGCAACAACACCUACGGAUACCAGUGCAUUCUGGAAUGCGGCCACUGCAAAGCUGGAUCCAGCUGUGACCACGUGACAGGAGAGUGCCUCGAGGGUUGUCAGGCUGGCUGGACCGGCAUCUUUUGCAAUCAAGCCUGCGAGCUCGGCGUAAGCUAUGGUAUCAACUGCAGCCACACGUGCGGUGGAUGCGCCAACAAUAAUUGCUCUAUUGAAGAUGGCUCGUGUUUAGACGGAUGUCGAUUCGGCUUUCAGGGCCGGCUGUGCAAGCCGUGCAGCAAUAAUACUUAUGGCGACCACUGCACCCAGCAGUGCGGACACUGCCAGACGCCCCCGUGCGACCCCACCACAGGAAACUGUCCAAAGAGUUUGUGCCUUAGAGGCUACAUGGGUGACAAAUGCAGCGACUUGUGCGCACCGAUGAGUUACGGCCUAAGGUGUUCGCAGUCUUGUGGCAAGUGCCUUAAUAAUGUCACGUGCGACUCGUUCAACGGCUCAUGCCCGACUGGUUGCCUCCCAGGGUGGAAACCCCCUCUCUGCCAAAAUAAGUGCGACAAGGGUACGUAUGGGAACUGCUCCACCCGGUGCGGUCAAUGCAGGGGCAAAUGUGAUACCGUAACCGGCGUUUGCCCACGAGGCUGUAAGGCUGGCUACAAAAAUAAAAAGUGCACAGAACCCUGCUCCGACGGCAAAUACGGCAGCAACUGCAUGCAGGACUGUGGACAUUGCUACAACAAAGUCCCCUGCAACAAGACGUCAGGGAGUGUCCCAACUCCACUUGUGCUUUUGGGUAUUCGUUCGAUAAUGAUGUUUUGUGUAAAAAGCCUUGCUCAACGCUGGGCUAUUACGGACAGGACUGCAAACAGAUAUGUGGCUUCUGCUUUUACCCCCCGUGUAACGAGCAGACAGGCGUGUGCCGAGAUCAGGGAGGCCCGUGCAAGUCCAAUUGUUGCAGAGCGGAGGGACACUACGGUGCCAACUGCAGCAGUAAGUGUGGAUACUGCAUCAGUAACACCUGUUCUAUCUUCUACGGCGAGUGCUCCACACACUGUCACCCGGGCUAUGCAGGGACCCACUGCAAGGACCACUGUCCUAUGGGAACUUUCGGCGACAACUGCAGCGAAAUCUGCGGGAAGUGCGAAACGGCCUGCGACCACAUUAUGGGUAACUGCAGCGACUGUAAGGCUGGCUACAAAGGGCUGUACUGCAAGGAUAAAUGUGACAACAACACCUAUGGCAAAAACUGUCUUUUCAGCCUGCGGAAACUGUGAAAAGAACGACUCAUGCAACCACGUGACCGGCACUUGCCAAACGUGCCAGCUUGGUUUUCAGCCGCGGAUGUGUCAGAACCAGUGUGACUUAGGGUUCUACGGAUAUAACUGCAACUUACGAUGCGGCCACUGCGUUGAUGGCUUCCGUAACUGCGAUCCUAAAACUGGCCGGUGCACCAAGGGCUGCAAGAGAGGCUAUUGGAAGGACCAGUGUCUGAUCAAGUGCCCCAACGGGACGUUCGGCAAUGAGUGCGCUGACAAGUGCGGACUGUGCGCCUCCGGGCAAGUGUGCAACUUCGACGACGGGAUCUGUCCCAAUGGAUGCCAGAUGGGCUACGUGGGGAGUCAGUGCCGGGCGAGUUGCCCGCCGGGCUUGUACGGCAGCUCCUGCCAAGACCUCUGUGGGGAGUGCGAAGGAGGACAGCACUACUGCCGCCAGUCUGACGGAGAGUGCAUGACUGCCUGCAAGCCAGGGUUUCAGGGCAAAACAUGCAACAUUACCUGCGACGACGGUUUCUACGGGCACCUGUGUCAGAGCACAUGCGGCCAGUGUCAGCAAAGUCUUUGUCGGAAGUCGGAUGGAUGGUGCGAGAACGGGUGCUUGGAGAAUUGGACAGGGCCGACAUGCAGCAUUCCAUGUGGCAGCUCCAGCCCCAACAAAAUGAGCUGUGAAAAAGACAACUGCUCGAUCUGCUUAGCAACUGGAAGCUGCUUGAUACGAGAUGGGCAAUGUCUGCAGGAUUGUGCCCCAGGCAAAAUCUUACCCAACUGCACAGAAAUCUGUCCAGACGGAACGUUUGGCUACAACUGUAGCCGCACCUGCAGCCACUGCAUCAAGGGGAAGAACUCCACGACCUGCCUGCCCACCACUGGCAGCUGCACCUUAGGCUGCAUGCCGGGCUGGAGUGGCCAGCUGUGCAAUGAGGCAUGCCUGAAUGGGUUUUACGGCGAAAAUUGCUCGAAGCAAUGUGGGAACUGCCGUGGCGGUGACCUGGCCUGUAAUAAGGUGGAUGGUGUGUGCACCAGUGGCUGCGAGGAAGACUACCAGGGUGAGAAAUGUGAUCUGCCACCUGAGCCGGUUAACCUGUCAUGUGUGAACUGUUUUGGUGGUCUUAACGCAUGUGCACACGAUACUUUUGUUUGCCAGAGAGGGUGUAUAAAGGGCUGGCUGGGUGACACCUGUAUCACAGAAGACGCAUCCAUCUUUCUUAAAUCCACAUGGGUUGUUCCACACGAUCCUCAGAUGGAGAUCAUAAUUACUGGCACUGUUAUUAUUUUGGUUUUUAUUGCUAGCAUUUGCUCCUUUUACAUCUAUCACACAGCAAUCAGAGAUGUGGGAUUCUUUGAUAAAUAUGAUUUUGGACCAGAUACUCGCCAACGAAGGUCAUUGAAGCAUAGACAGAAAUUCAGACUUGAGAAUCUAGAUAGACCUAAUCUGAAGUCAAAACACUAGUCAGACACUGCAUACUUUUUUUAGUGGUUAUUCCAAAUAUAAAGGAGCACAACUGUACACAGAUCAGCAGAUACCAUCACAUUCACUCCAAUACAGAACAAAGCAAAAAUAUGCAAAACAAGGCCAGAACUUCUUCAUAGAUGUGGAACAGUGGAGAAGAACUUUUCUCUCAUUACUCAUCAGGAUUAACCCUGCCUAGAGCACUGUACAAGGAUAGCUGAGCCCAACCUUUUCUUUACAUUACUUUCUCUAAAACAUCAGGUGCCUUCUACUGCUAGGUGCUGGGCACAUGAACCAUGCAA